GAUACUAAUUUUUUUUAGUAGCAUUGCUUGGACUACUUGAUCCAUUGGGAUUUUGGAAGAAAUGUCAGAUUUUUUCAUUUUCAAAGAAACUCUAAAUGUGUGAGAAAUUUACAGAAUGGAAAAUGAAAAGGAAAACCUCUUUUUUGAGCCACAUAAAAAGGUACUGAUGAAAACACCUCUAAAAGAAUCCACGACGUCAAAUAUAGUGUUGGCGGAGAUACAAACUGACUUUGGCCCAUUAACGACGCCCACCAAGCCCAAGGAACUCUCCCAGGGUGAACCGUGGACACCUACAGCCAAUCUGAAAAUGCUUAUCAGUGCUGCUAGCCCUGAGAUCCGUAACAGAGAUCAGAAAAGGGGGCUAUUUGAUAACAGAAGUGGGCUACCUGAGGCCAAAGACUGCUUAAAUGAACACUUGUCUGGAGAUGAGUAUGAGAAAUCUCAACCAAGUCGGAAAGAGAAAAGUUUAGGUUUGUUGUGUCAUAAGUUUUUAGCUCGCUAUCCUAACUAUCCUAACCCUGCCGUGAAUAAUGACAUCUGUCUGGAUGAAGUAGCUGAGGAACUGAAUGUUGAGCGCCGGCGCAUUUAUGAUAUCGUGAAUGUUCUUGAGAGCUUGCACAUGGUGAGCCGCCUCGCCAAAAACAGAUACACCUGGCACGGGCGGCACAAUCUCAACAAAACACUUGGGGCUUUGAAGAGCGUCGGGGAGGAGAACAGAUAUGCAGAGCAGAUCAUGAUGAUCAAAAAGAAAGAAUAUGAACAAGAAUUUGAUUUCAUUAAGAGUUACAGUAUAGAGGAUCAUAUCAUCAAAUCAAACACUAGCCAAAAUGGACAAGCAGACAUGUGUUUUGUUGAACUCCCUGGAGUGGAAUUUCGGGCAGGUUCUGUCAACAGCCGCAAAGACAAGUCUUUAAGAGUGAUGAGCCAGAAAUUUGUGAUGUUGUUUUUGGUGUCAACGCCUCAGAUAGUAAGCCUCGAAAUUGCAGCCAAGAUUUUAAUUGGGGAAGACCAUGUGGAAGAUUUGGAUAAAAGCAAAUUUAAAACAAAAAUCAGGAGGUUGUAUGACAUCGCGAAUGUUCUGAGUAGCCUGGAUCUUAUCAAGAAAGUGCACGUAACAGAGGAAAGAGGCCGGAAACCAGCUUUUAAAUGGACGGGCCCAGAAAUCAGCCCAAAUCCCAGUGGUCCCAGCCCAAUCCUUCCUUUUGCCCCCUCAGAUUUGGAGGUGAGGCGGUCUUCAAAAGAAAACUGUGCCAAAAACCUCUUCUCUACACGAGGGAAACCAAACUUUACUAGACACCCAUCUCUUAUCAAGCUAGUCAAGAGUAUAGAAAAUGAUCGGAGAAAGAUCAAUUCUGCUCCCAGUAGCCCCAUCAAGACCAAUAGAGCUGAGAGUUCUCAGAAUUCAGCACCUUUCCCAAGUAAAAUGGCUCAGCUUGCUGCAAUUUGCAAAAUGCAGUUAGAAGAGCAAUCAAGUGAACCCCAAAAAGUGAAAGUACAGCUAACAAGAUCUGGACACUGCAGACCAAUGGCCCCUCUGAACACCCCAUCAAAUGCUGAACUGGAGCAAACAGCGCCAUCGCUCAUUCAGCCCCUGGGAGUGCUCCCCCUCAUCCCCAGCACACUGUCACCAGCCAUGCCUCUGAUCCUACCUCAGGUCCCUUCAGGCCCAUCCUAUGCCAUCUACCUGCAACCCACCCAAGCCCAAACCAUGACGCCAUCCCAAGGCCCAAUGGUCGGCCCCAUCUCCUCCUCUAAAGCUACUGCAUUAAAGGAUUCCAUAGAUGUCAGCACUGAGAAACUACUCAGCGAUUCUGGAAAAUCAAGCGCCUCCAUCAAACCUGGGAGCUUGCUGCCAGCACCAGAGAGACAAGCUGCAAACAACAGAGACAGGGAGCCUGCUGGAGAAAGAGGCUCAAAGAGGACACCCAUGCCUGAGGACAAUGGUUCCCAAAAGAAAUUUAAAGAAGACCUGACAGGACUUGAAAACGUCUCCACAACCUUAUUCCCAUCAGGAUACCUCAUUCCUCUCACCCAGUGCUCAUCCCUGGGGGCAGAGUCCAUGUUGUCUAGUAAAGAAAACUCAGGUACACCUUCCCCCAACCACCGGCUCUACAGUUCUCCGAUCGCAGGUGUUAUUCCAGUGACAUCACCUGAACUCACUGCUGUUAAUUUUCCCUCUUUUCAUGUAACACCUUUGAAGCUAAUGGUCUCACCAACUUCCGUGGCAGCUGUACCUAUUGGGAACAGCCCGACUCUCACGUCUAGCCACCCCGUUCCCAUCCAGAACCCAAGCUCAGCUAUUGUAAACUUCACCCUGCAGCACUUGGGACUCAUCUCCCCCAGUGUGCAGGUGGCCUCCAGCCCUGGACAGGGAACCGUUCCUGUGUCUCCAAGAAUAGAGGCUAUUAAUGUCUUACCAGACAAUGCAGGCACUCAGCAAGGAAGGGCCAGCAGGUAUGACUCACCAGUCUCAGGCCGGAACCAAUCAAAUGGACAAUCAGUUGCUGCAGGAGCACAGCAGCCUGUUCCAGUGACACCCAAAGGGUCACAGUUAGUGGUUGAAAGUUUCUUCCGUACCCCAGGUGGACCAACAAAGCCAAUGGUCUCCACCUGUAUGGAUUUAGAUGGUGCCAAUCAAACUUCAUUAGGGACGCUCUUUGUCCCACAACGAAAACUUGAAGUCUCGACGGAGGAUGUCCACUAACUGACAGAUGUUGGCUUCUUUUUUCAAGAGCUGUUUAAUAGGAAAGACACACACAGACUGAUCUGGGAGAACAUUCUCUGAUAAUGUAAAUAUGUUAG